UUGCAUUGUCGAAUUUGGCGAAUUCGCUCGCACGCGGCAGUUUCCUGUCGCACGUGUUACCGUCCGAGGGAUGCGCGAGUGAUGAGGCAGCUUGACGUUAGGUGGCGCCAGCUGUAUCGUGCGCGUGUUCAAGCUACUAUGGGAUUUUCAGCGCGUGGAGAAGCGCGCGUUCAUCUCUCCUUAUUCGAUUAAACAUUAAUUUAUUUAAUGGGGCGUAAUAAAAUACGAGGGCAGGAUAGAGCUUUCGUGUUCUGCGCGCGAAUAUAACUUAGGAGACACAUCUCUGACUUGAUUUCGUGGCAAAAAUAUCGAUUGAUUCAAAAUGUUAAACACAUGGACGUCGUGCUAUUUAAUUAUGCGCUUAGAAUCUAGCGUUUUUAAUUUUAGAUAUGAAACACGGGAGUAAAUCGAUUAUAUUAGUUUACAUUAAACCUCGAGCGAGCGGUCUCGGACGCGAUAGAAUAAGCGCUAAGCAGAAUGCAAGUCACACUCGUUAAAUAUGUAAAUGUAUUUCUUGCCGAUGAAUUCUUGACGAGUCACGUCAGUUGACAACGAUACGUCGCUUUUCUAUAUUUAUUCCUCGACUACACCCGAUCCUCGCCGUUACGUAAAUAUCAAUUAUUUGCAAAACAGCGAAUCUCGCUAUAUGCGCCACAGCAGAUAUCCGAAAAUAAACGGGUCAAGUUUGAGUAAGAGAGAGAAAGAAAGGGAGGGAGAGGAAGAUAGCGAUAUCCGAAGAAAGUAAUCUUUUUAGUGAAAAUAUCGAGAGAAAAGUCAUCCUGUUUGCUACGACAAGAAAUCGAAGAUUCGAUCGUGUAUUUCCGAUGCACUUGGUACUCGCAUUUUCGCGUUACUUCCGCGACGGUUCAUCUUGCGGACGGAGAACGACACGCGGAGAGAACGACUGUAAGCUCGUUCGCACCGCCGACCAAUUCCGUCCGACAAAACUUGGUUUGACUGAAGGCUGAAGUCUUUAUUAAUAAUCUUCAUUAUUGCUUAACAAUCGCAGUCGAUGACUAAACUUUUGACUCAGACCAUACUUAGUCUGACAAGGAAGGUUUGGCAAGCUGUGAAUUCUAUACCAUCUGAAACUUUGCAGGAAGAGGUCAAGAAUGACCCAACCCGCUUUCUUGGGGAGGGCGUGUCAUUCAAGGCGAAGCUGAUCGGUAUCUUGGAGGUGUCGGAAGCACGCGGCGACCGAAUGUGCCAGGCGGCCUUGGCUGACCUGAAGAUGGCGAUUCGCGCCGCGGGGGAGCACAAGCAACGAAUCGCCGUUCAGGUCAGCAUAGACGGGCUUCGUUUGAGGGACGAGAAGACGGGGGACUGCCUGUACCAUCAUCCAGUCCACAAAAUAUCGUUCAUAGCUCAGGAUAUGAGCGACUCGAGAGCCUUUGGUUACAUUUUCGGCUCUCCGGACACGGGGCACCGGUUCUUCGGCAUUAAGACUGACAAGGCAGCGAGUCAGGUGGUGAUAGCGAUGCGAGACUUGUUUCAAGUAGUGUUCGAGCUGAAGAAGAAGGAGAUCGAGCUGGCGAAACAGCACAUAGAGCAGAAUGCCAUUAACGCAAUUAAAUUCCAUACCGGCGGUAUUUUCGUUGAGCCGGCGCCCGACACCAAGGGCGCAGCGGGCACGGAGUCCUCGUUUCAUCGAAUUCGUACGAACAACUGCGAGAUCGAGAAGUCCGCCGAUCGCAAAAACGAGUCGCAAAGCGGCGUGAUUGCGGAUUUGCUGGAUCUGCAGUUCGAACUGAACUCGCUGCAGCAGGGCAUCCAUCAGAUGGACAAAAUUACGCCGGAAAAUCCUGUGCCGUCUACCGACGAUCUGUUCGAGACCGAUCCUUUCGGUGAUUCAUUCGCGAACAUGAAGCUUCAAGAGACAGUUCGCCCGAUAUUGCCGCCGCCGCCCUCCUCAACGAAGAGAGGACACCUGGAGCGACAGCACACCGUGCCGGCGCCGCCGGCAUCCGCUACUUCUAGUCCGGCGACGACGCUAGUUAGCAAAACGCCGCCGCCGCAGAGCACGAUUCACUGGUUCGACAAGGAGACCGAGAAUCUCUUCGACAACGAGCUCGCGAAUCUGUCUAAAGACUCGACGACGCCGAAGAAGGAUCAGGAGGACGUAAGUAGUUCGGUAGAGACCACGCCGCGCAACAAUCAGACGAAGAGCCCACAGAUCGACGUGUUCACGGAGCUGGAUCCCCUCGGGACCGGCUUGAUCAGGCCCUACGUGGACAAGAAGGAUUUCUUUCAGAAUCUGAAGAAUCCACCGAAGAAGGUCCUCAAGGAUCUGGUUUCCACGAGUUCCAGCGACAGCUUUCCGACAAACUUCAACAUCACCACCACAAGCAGCUCCUUAGACUCGACGAAGGUCCAGCAGAGUGAGCUGACCACGAGGGACAGUGAGGAGAGCAACUUCGCCAACUUUGACCGUUUCGACGAGAACGAGGCGAGUCAGAGCACGUCGGAGCAGAUCGAGUCGCCGCCGAAGAAAGAGAUCGCCGCGAGGUCGACGCAUCAUCAGCCACUUUCGGUGUCCCUCCCGCCGGAGGAGACGUCAUUAUCCAAAAGCACUAUCACCGCCGCGGCCAUCACUACUACUACUACCACUACUGCUACCACUACUACUACCACCACUAUUACCACUACCACUACUACUACCACCACCACUACCACUACCACUACUACCGUUAUGUCCACGAACGCUUCCACGAGCAGCUCGAUUCUACGAAGCAUGGAUAGGGACUCGACGGAAUCGACGCAUACGUUAGUGAAACUGCCUAGCCCUAAGAAGUAUCUCCAGUCUGUGCGGAAGCGAGACUUUGACAUUGAUCUGCCAGCCGGCAAGAUGACGCAGUCGAUGGACAGCAAACCGUUCCCGGUGGACUUCUCCACGACGAACGAAUCGCCAGCGUCGCCGCUGAGGUCUUGCUCAUCGGACGCGAACUCGCGCCUCUCCAGCUCGAGUGCGGAGCUGGAUCUGGCGCCGGAGCCACCACCCAGAGACGCAGCCGGCAUCUUGAUCAACCCGCCGCCAUUGCCGCCGAAGAAGCAAGGCGCCCGAGGAGGAAUGAGACCACCGCCUAGACCUCCGUAUGGGGGCGGUGGACACUGUCACUACGGCUUCCCAGAGCGCGAAGCCUCGCCAUCACCUACAAGGAUCGCGUCCGACAGGAGUAAGAGUCCGUCGAAGGACAUGAAGAGCCAAUUUGACGAUAAUUUUAACCCACCCACGCAGGUGGCCGGUCGAUCAGACUUUGUCGGUACGAUGACCACUUCAGCCUUCGAGGACUCAUUCAUCUCAAUGAUACCACACGCGACAUACACGUCAUUAUCUUCGCUCUUUACCAGCACUGGUCUUCGCCACUCUUCACCUGCCCCAAUGGAAUCGAAGAAGACGACGAAGCCGUCGCUGGACAUCACGCUUAGUCAGCUAACGUCAUCGAACUUGGAAGAAUUGGCUUCUAGUCUCGGCAUGUCUGUUCAGGAGUUGACAAACUUGACCUUGCAGCAGCUCACGGAAUGCCUGGCGAGUUUGUCGAUGAAGGAGGAGGCCACUGGAGACACGGAAGAAAGUGUCAUGUCGCAGUCGAUGACAGCGACCACGACCAGAGAGCAAGACAUUCCAGUUAGACCCAUGCUGUCGACGUCUUCGACGUUAUCGUCAUCGAGGCCGCUGGAAACGACAACUUUCACAUCUUCGGAGCCCUUCAAGUCUAGCUACGAACCGGAACCGAAGCAAGACACCACGUACGACAAAUACGCGGUCUUCCGGGAGUUGUUGGAAAUGGAGCAGAUGGAGCAGCAGAAAGAGGAGGCAAAGAUGGAGGAGACGGUCAUGAAAGAGGAAGAGCCCAACGAAGAACGAACUCCUGACGAAGUGGAAAUUCAGGCGGAAAUACAGGCUGCGGAGAAUACUUCAGACUCCUUAGCCUCUCUGGUGAACUUAACCGUCAAGUUACCUCCUAAUGGCGAAGAUCUCUUAAAAGAAGAACCUGUGGGAAGACUCGUCGACGAGACAAGCGACUCUCUCGGAGGCUCGAUAAUGGAGAAGGAGAUAUCGAUAGAAAUGGAAGACAGAGAUAUGGAGAAGGAGAACGAGGCGACGGCGGACGCGGACGUCACGUCUGAUUCUUCUACGGUUCAACAAACGGAGAUAGACGUCGAAGACGACACAGAGAAAACGCAUACGAUAAUGGAGGUAGAAGAGAAAGCAGAGAGUUUGGAGAAAGGCAGUGACGCGAAUGGUACAUCCGACAAAGUCAGCUCAGACAUCCUCAGUGAAGAGACGAACGGCUCUUCCGUGGCUGAGAAGUCCUCCGAGGUUAAGUCUUCGACGUCGACGUCGAGCGACAGGUACGCCGCUCUGCGGGAAAUCAUCGGUGAACCGGAGCCGCCGGUGAGAAAAGACGACGAGGAGAUGAUGAAUUCAGCUCGAGCGUCGCCGGUGAUACUACCGCAGUCGGCUCAGCCGAAAAGCUUGGCCGAGGGGGAGCUGUUGAAUCUAUUCCCGGACAACUUGCCGCCGCCGUCGAUUAUACCAACAAGGAAGAUCGAUGAUUUGAAGGCCGUGGCGAUGGACAUCUUCGAAGAAAUCAAGAUGCUGAACACCGGCACACAUCGCGCUAAGGAUACCAAGCCGCCAACGACGUCGGGCUUCGAGGACAUGUUCUGCCCGUUCACGGAGACGUCGUCGAAGUCCGACAAGGACGACGGCAAAGAGGAUGGUAACUGGGCGAAAUUUGACACGAGUAUCUUCGGUUCGGACAGAUCGUCCUGCGAAGGGCAACGCUCGAUAGGCGGUACUUCGCCGUGGUCACCUGAUGGCAAGGACUUCCACCGGGAAGUGCCGUUCAAAGGCGGCAGCGGCUAUCGCCAUUCCGGUGACAGCGACAACGAAUGGAAAGACGAAGAGGAAAGCGAGGAGAGUAACGGUAGAGUGCGCGGAGACACCAGAUACUGGUCCGGCUCGCGAUACCCGCGUUUCGACCCGCCGGAAGAGAGGCCUUUCUACGAAGAGGGCGACAAGCGGGAUCGCAGCUUUCGCGAGAGGAUGAGCAGGAAGUCGCGCGCGGCACCGUGGACAAAGAGUACCGCUCACCGACCACGUGAUCCUUCGCCGUGGCACGAAGAGGGUCAAUGGGAAGACGAGCCGAGGCGGUAUCCGCAUAGGAAAGUACCCUACAAGGACGAUGAGGACCAGUACGAGGCGCACUGGAAGUGCAGGCCGAAACCACAAGGUCGUUGUAAUUGGAGUCAUGACGUUCAUGGCUCCUAUUACGACGACGAGCGCAAACGGAAGCUGAUGCUGUGGAACGAGGAGCUGGAACGUUUCGGUAGCCAAGAAAGUAUGGGCUACGACGAGGAGGAUAGAUGGAGCAGAAGAAGAUACGAAAGGCGAAGGUGGGAGGAGGAUCCUAGAUUCUGGACGAGAAGAGGACCACCCGAUGCCGACUAUGCGAUGAGAGACGCGUACUACUAUUAUCGCGACAGACCUCACGACUACCCGUCCACUUGGGAUGAGGAGUAUGGUCCAGAGCGUCCAGGAGACGACUCGCCUAGGUAUAAUCCGGCUGGCAGGAAAAGACAUUGGCCAAAGAGACCCAACAGCGCGAACGAGGGUCGCAAUUCCGACAUGGUAUACGCGGAUCCGCGCAAAUUUGGCGCUUCCAGGUCCGAGUGCAGCGACAACGAUUCGGACCCAUACCUGGGCCUCCGGUCUUCCCAACGCUCCCGGAGCCGUGAGAGCUACUGGGGCAGCGAUCAAGAGUACGACAGCUGGGUGGAACGGCCGUACUGGUCGGAGGGUCCGGAUUCCAAGAGCGAGACGCUCCAUCGCAAGAGGAUAGCAAGGCACAAAACGCGACCGAGCCAAAAGACACAGAGCCCGUUCGAGGACGACUUCGCGCAGAGCGUCGAGCACGUGGAGCCGGCAGCGGCCGGCCCGGUCGAACCGUUGGCACCGGUAGACACGCGUAUACGACCGGAGGCCGCCGAUCAGAAGCGUGAACCGCCACCGCCCAGUCCUUCGUCUGGCAUCAGAUGUCCGAAGGAUCAUCUGAGGAGAGACAUCAGCAGGGAGUACAGCAAGCGAUCGAGCUACUUCGAGGACGACCUCACGCCGACGGCGAGCGCCUCCAGCGACGCUUCCGACCGGCAAAGAUUAUCCGCCGAUCUGAAAGCCACGCCGGAGGAGCUGCCGUGCGACACGAAGGAGCCGCAGCAGCCGAUCGACGGGUUCGUCUCCGAAGACAGCGGUCGCGACUCCUUCUUUAACGGCGACCUGAGGUUCGACGACGACGCCUUUGUCUUCAAGUCCGAGCUGGAGGACAACGUGCCGGACCAUCGUGCUACCACGUUGCCGUUGAAGAAUUCCAGGCAGAAAUACGGGCCGGGGAACAAUAAUAACAAUAACAAGGGCAGCAGGGGCGAUCAGUACAUCAGAAAGUCGGAAUCGGUCAACAUCUUCGCGCGCGAGAGCGACCCGUUCGACGGCGACGAUUUCUUCAACUGAUUCCCCGACAUUCCAUGACGGCGACGAGCGACUAGGGGCGGAAGAGAAGGUCGCUGAAAACCCCGCGCUGAGCGCACGGUGACGGAUCGACACCAAUCGACACGUUGGGACUUCCGGUCGACUGAGGCUCGGCUACCGGGACGUUUCCGUCGCGCGCUCGGAACGUUUACGUCGGCGGAUCGUGAAGGAACGGUGAAGCCUCGCUACAGCAAUACUUCGAACGCGGCUAAAGCAAUUUUAACGUAGCGAAAUUGACGGAGGAACGUUGCGCGUUGUCCGCACGUCCUCGGAAGUAUUGUUAAUAGUGAACUUUCGCCGCGCUUGUCUCGCAUCACGAAACCCAUCGUUUUUCUGGAGAUUUGUUCAAGUCCGUCGAUUUGAUAUUUUUACGAUAUACACUUUGUUGUAAAACCUCAUAUUGGAUUCGUUUAGAGCAUCCACGCGUUUCGCCCUGAAGUAGGAUCAUUUCAGUUUCGUGGAAGGAGCCAAAAACGUCAGUCUUAAAUCUGUCGUUGAAAGUCGACGGUUGUUCAGAGGAUAUUUCGUUGGAGAUUGCUGACUAUGAGAUUACUCCGACACACAGCCGUUUCCGAAAGAACUAGUCACUGUUUUAACGAAUUUGUAUAUAUUAUAGUUGAUGUUAGGAUAUUAUCGAUCUUUCUCUCUUUCUCUGUCUGUCUGUCUGUUUCUCUCUCUCUCUCUUUCUUCCUCUCUCUCUCUCUCUCUCUCUCUCUCUCUCUCUCUCUCUCUCUAUCUAUCUAUCUAUCUAUCUAUCUAUCUAUCUCUCUCUUUCUCUGUACGCAAAGAGAUUCACAUGAUUUCCCACGAUUAUACAUUGCGUGAUUGUUAGCUGUCGUUUAAUUUCACACGAUCGUGUAACGCGACAGCGACGCGGUCGCCUCGCCGCGGCAACGUUAGCUCGCGAAUGCCGAUCGAUUUGUAACUGUCUGAACGAACGAUUCUAGUCACUUAUGCGUAACCGUUGCGUCGGGAGCUUCGCGAGAGAGGCCGGUCAAACCACCGCUACUAACCGAUAGCGCGCGUAUUGGGGAAAUCAAAACAUGAUUUUUAUACAUUUUUAACUAGCAUGAAUCGAUUAUAUACUUUUUGCAUUAGGCAUUCGCACACGUCACCGACGACGACGUGCAUUCUUCUGCAAGCUCCCCCUUCCGGAUUCGCCGUUCGAUUACGCCGCUCUCACGCGCGCGAGAGAGAGAGACCUCGAAGAAGGUGGAAUUAUACGUUCACACACGCCGUUACUUUGUGUUCGCCGUAUUUGAGCGUCUAGUCGGCCAAGCCGAGGCAUUUUUAUGCGAGUGAGACCGGAUCGGAGGGAAAAGUUUCGUCCGCGAAGCUGUGUCACACGACACGACGGUUUUGCCCGAUAUGCAAAUGUCGCAAGUCAUUUUGCGGCUUGAAUGUGCGUUGAAUGUCCCGUUUCUCUGAGACGACAAAUUGCCUCCCAGCGAGUGUAAAACAGAACGCGCGAGCAUUCACGUCGACUUUUCGUGCACAACACACGUGUUUCAAGCUACAAAGAUCUAUAAGCAGAUACUUCUCCUGUCCAAUCCGGAUUUACGUGCUGGACGCGUCGUUUGUCGAGGCUCAUUGCAAUUUCCCCGCUCCUCUACCCGCAUGAUUUCGACCGACGAGUAUUUUACACUAGUCACACCGAACCAUUCAGCGAUCACGUCGACAUUUUACACUGUGUAUGUAUUUAUGUAAUAAUAGUGGUAAAUUAUUUAUCAUCGUUUAAUAAUUACCCGACACUUGUAAUUGCGAUCACGCGUCGGAGUGAUAACGACAAUACCGCUUUUCAAUGGCAAUUCGAACAGUCCCGAGUCCCAACAUCCGUGAAAUUCGUUAGUACGGCGGACGAUCAAUUAUACAUUGUGCAAAUAAUCGUGCAAAUCCAAAUCCCGCUGUUUUUACAUGCGACUUUUUGAGGGAUCGUGUAGAUAUUUGUCCUGCGAUGGUCGACGACGGAAAGAAAUCGGUGGAGACUGUACAAAAUAAGAAAAAAAAAAACAGAAAAAAUGGAAUAACGAAAAAGAAGACACGUGUCUACGACGAUGCGUGGCGUGUCUUCGACAAGCUGAACGAUAAUAAUUACAAAAACAAUAAUUUGGAGGUUUUAAGGCUUUUCAACGCUCUGUGUACACGCGAAAGCUUUCCUGUCGAGAAUCGCUCCCCGAAAACGAUAAGUAAUCGAGCCUAAGAUCGCGUAUUAGUCUCUCUGUGUCACGCUAAUGACACGAGAGAAAACUCACCUCGUAAUUUGAAGGAGAAUCUACUAGAGCGAAAGGUGGUAGAUUUGAUUUGCAAAGAGGUGACUAUCUUUUCUGAUGGCAAGCGGAUAAGAUCGAUGUAUGUGAUGAUUACUUUCGCGACGAUUAGGUAUGUUCCUUUUCUUUUUUCCUCUUUGGAAUAUUUCAUUUAAGUACCCAAUUAUGAUACAAUAAAUCUUUGCCAUACGUGAAA